GUCAUAGCAGACACGUUUCUCUACGUCGCGUGUCGUAGCCGUUUGACGGUAUGUGGAAAGUAGCAAUGUCGGAGGAGGUUGGGAAGGCGCUACAGUCUGUAGUGGAUCGGGUGAAACAGGCGGCGGCACGGCGGCCCAAGACACUGCCAGCUGUGCCGCCCCGCCUCGUAGCUGUCAGCAAGACAAAACCACCAGAGAUGGUUGUGGAGGCCUACAGACAAGGGCAGCGCAACUUUGGAGAAAAUUACGUUAAUGAACUUGUGGACAAAGCUUCAGAUCCUCUGAUUUUAGAAUCAUGUCCCGAAAUCAAGUGGCACUUCAUCGGCCACCUACAGAAGAAUAAUGUCAACAAACUUCUGGGCGUGCCAAACCUGUUCCUCGUUGAGACGGUUGACUCGGCGAAACUGGCCGACAAGGUCAACAGCUCAUGGCAGCGGCUCAGGGGAGCCAGCAUGCAGAGGUUAAAGGUCAUGGUGCAGAUCAACACCAGCGGAGAACAGAGUAAACAUGGCCUGCCCCCGGAGGAGACGGUGAACACAGUGAAACACAUCGUGUCCCAGUGUUCUGCCCUUCACUUCUCAGGACUCAUGACCAUCGGGCGCUAUGGCUACAACCUCACCCUGGGUCCCAACCCGGACUUUCAAAUGCUGCUGAGUCGGAGGCAGGAGGUGUGUGACAGUCUGAAGCUGCCUCUGGAGGAGGUGGAGCUCAGCAUGGGUAUGUCCACAGACUUUGAACAUGCGAUCGAGGUUGGCGCCACCAACGUGCGAGUGGGCAGCAUCAUAUUCGGCAACAGGGAGUAUCCUAACAGCGCGGCAAACACUCCAAAUCCCAGUCCAGCUCCCAGUCCAGCUCCCAGCCCAGAGAAAACAUCCAAGGUGGUGUCUGAAGAGGCUGCCAAGAAGAUGACACAUCUCACUGUGUCCGAACACUAAGAAGAAGCUUCUCCUCCUCUGAAAUACCUUUAAGAAAAUUUAAUGAACAGAUCAGUGAAGCAGAUCAUUUCCACAGAGCCACGUGGCAUUAGGAUUGCAAAAAUUCUUGCAUAAUUUUAAAGUGUAUUUGCCUAAUUCUCUUCACUUUUUGGUGUGCCCUUCUUGCUCUUUUAAGCACUAAAAAGUGGCGUUCGCUACAGAAAUAGUUCAACCGUUUUUUAAAAAGUAAUGUGUUACUAACCUGUAGUGCUCCGACUUCCUCUUUGUGGAAAUCUCUCCUACAAGAUUACUGGAUACACCACAAAUGUACAACCACAUGAAAACAUGACGACAAAUGGAAAAUGAUUUCUCUCGAGUUAUGAGGUAGUGAAGAUUUGUUGUGCUGAUGUGAUAUUUUCUACCUUUCCAACCCAACGUGCUGAAAUGUGCUUGACUGUGUACAGUGUCCCGGAGGUCAGGAACUCCAGACUACAAUGUACCGUUUUUGUUGUACAGAUGAAACAAAGACUUGAUUUAAUAAAUCAUUUAUCCCUUUAUAAUGACACAUAGUAUUGUGCGUUUGAUAUUGUUUCGUACGGUGUGCCAGACGUGUCAAAACUUUAUUAUUGAUAUUAACAAAUUAACAAAAGAGUAAACCUGGAGAAAAUGUUUUGUUUCUGUGUACUAGUGUUGUGUCUGUGCCAUGGUACAUUAUUGGAGAUGAAAGAGUCGACCUAUGCAAAGUGGUGAUCUUGUUUCAGCGUAUGUUUUCAACUAGAUUUUUUACACUGCAGCUAUGAUGGUGUCGCAGUGUUUCUUCAAAGAUGUCACAAGGUCAGUAUGUUUUUGUCUCCAUGAAAAGUGCGAUCAAUGUCAGUGAUAUAAAAGAAAAAAAAGCUCAAUCAACUUGUGGUUAGACGUGGUUGCUGUCUGAACGAGGCGUCUGAGCGUUGUUCAGUUUGGAAUCUGGCUCUGAGCAAAGCCGAAGCAAUAAAUUUUACUGUGGAAAAUA